UCCUCGGAGCCAGUCCGCUGUGCGGCGUCGAGCACCGGGCAGUCGGGCAGCCUUUGCGCUCAGGCUCGGUGCAAAUGUGCUGGCGGUUGUGCAGCCUGACAUUGAGCAGCGAGGCACAGCCAGAGAGAAUCCCAGCCACGUAAGUAGCUAUUAAUACACGGUGGGGGAGAUGAUGUCUUGCUGAAAGGGAUUGGCUCGGCCAUCCCUUUCCUCUCUCCCCCCCACCCCAUUUUUGUGUUGCCUCUAGGAAUAAAGAUCAGCUCCUGCUUUUUUUUUUCUCCUCGAGCGGCUGCAUUUCUUCCUGCUCUUGUUCUUCCCAUCUCGGGACUGUUAAGGGAGGGGGACAAAGGAGAAGCCUUCGGAGAGCUCCUGCCUGCAGCAUUUUGUUGGGUCGAUAUUUUUUUUUUCAAAUGUAGAUUUAUGUAUUUUCUUCUCUGCGCUGCAAGAUCUGCUGGAAACCGGAGGAAGGGAGAAACUAACUGCACGGCAUGGAAAGCUGAGAGCAUCGAUCUUUCCCUGUCCUUGGUUGCACUUUGUGUCUGAUCAAAGGGAACAAAAAGGAAAAGAUCAUCGUUGCAGCGCGUGGAGCUUUGCGCCCCUCUCUUCCUGGCAGCGGCGGCACGUUUUAUGUUUCAGACCCUCUCUUUCCUCCCUCGAAAGCGGAAUUUGCCUGCAAUAAUAAUAAUAAUACAGAAAACCCCAGCCCCAUGACCGAAUCGCAUCUGUAUUGUCGGUGGAGCUUGUCGCUGACCUUCUAAAGUUAAAUGCUCUUUCUUUAUUUUUUGUUGCAUUUCUGGAUGGUCCUCGCGAUCAGGGAAAAGGUCCAGACGCCAUCUACAGUUAAAACGUAGGCAAAAAAAAGGGAGCCUUUUUUUUUGCGGGUGUCUUUAUUAGGCUGCAAGAACAAUCGUCAGUUGCACCAGAUUACCUAACCUUUUUUUUAAACCGUGUUAAUAUUUGGAAGGGCUAACCGGGAACGGAAAUACCCAGGAGGGACCUUUGGCUUCAAAUACCGGAGUUGCCCGCGACGUUGCAGUUUUGCAAGCGUGCACGUUGCACCCAUUCGAUUUUGGGGUGCAGGAAAAUAUACCCGCCGGGAGACUCGACUUCGCUGAGCAGAUCCCUUUCGAUUGAUCUCCCGUUUCCCUCCCCCCGCGCCGCUUCCUCUCGCUCCGCUUUAUCGCUCGGGCUGCAAUCCCCCCCGGAAUCAACCUGCCCUCCACGACUUGCACAAAGGCAUUGUUCCUGCCGGCCCGGUGGCGAGCGGCUGCAGGCAACCCGAGGGGGCGUCCGUGCUGUGGGGGGGCUUCCCGGAGGGGUUUGUUCUCUCCAUCCCCAUGAACAUACACAGGUCCACCCCCAUCACCAUCGCGCGCUAUGGCCGACCUCGGAACAAAACCCAGGAUUUCGAAGACCUCUCGUCCGUGAGACCCACCGAGUCCAGCCAGAGUUUCAGCCCCAACCUCGGCUCGCCCAGCCCGCCGGAGACUCCCAGCUUGUCGCAUUGCGUGUCUUGCAUCGGGAAACACUUAUUGCUGGAGCCUUUGGAAGGGGACCGCAGUUUUCGAGCCGUGCAUCUGCACAGCGAGGAAGAGCUGGUUUGCAAGGUGUUCGACAUUGGCUGCUACCAAGACUUGCUUGCACCAUGUUUUUGUCUGCCUUUCCACGAUAACAUCAACCAAAUUACCGAAAUCAUUCUCGGGGAGACGAAAGCCUAUGUGUUCUUUGAAAGGAGCUAUGGGGACAUGCAUUCCUUUGUCCGUACCUGCAAGAAGCUGAAGGAGGAAGAGGCGGCCAAGCUGUUCUACCAGAUAGCUUCUGCUGUGGCGCACUGUCACGAUGGCGGGCUGGUACUGCGGGAUCUGAAAUUGCGGAAAUUCAUCUUCAAGGAUGAAGAGAGGACUAGAGUAAAACUGGAGAGCCUUGAAGAUGCUUACAUUUUGCGAGGAAAUGACGAUUCUCUUUCUGAUAAGCAUGGAUGCCCGGCCUACGUGAGCCCAGAGAUCUUGAACACAAAUGGCAGCUACUCUGGCAAGGCAGCAGACGUGUGGAGUCUAGGAGUCAUGCUUUACACAAUGCUUGUUGGACGGUAUCCUUUCCAUGACAUUGAGCCUAGUUCUCUCUUCAGCAAGAUCCGCCGUGGGCAAUUCAGCAUUCCGGAGACUCUAUCUCCCAAGGCAAAAUGCCUUAUACGUAGCAUUCUGCGCCGGGAGCCCUCAGAAAGGCUGACUUCACAGGAAAUUCUGGACCACCCUUGGUUUUCUACAGAUUUUAAUGUGUCUAAUUCAGGAUACGGUGCUAAGGAAGUAGCAGAUCAGCUGGUGCCUGAUGUCAAUAUGGAGGAGGACUCGGACCCAUUCUUUAACUGAGCAUUAGGACCAGUGUUCGGAGGGUGCGUGGUCUUGGAAAGGACCGAUAUGAAGGAAGUCCUUUCUGAUCAUGCAGAAUCAUAUCUGUGGCUCAGCCUGUCUUGAUAGCAAGGGGGAAAAACAACAACUUGGAGUUCUUUUUGGUUUUGGUUUUGGUUGGAAAAGAAAUGUCCAAGAAAUGAGCUAGGUGAGGACAGUGUAGCAUGAAGACAGAUGGGCAGGCGGGAAGAAUCAUUGCUGUCAAGGUAGAUUGACAGGACAAAAGAAGGCAGCAUGGAGCAACUGUAGCUUCUCAUCUUUAAUGGAGCCAAGGACACGGCACAUUCAAGUUCCCGGGCAGCCACUAAGCCACUCCUGAUUCUGUUUUAUUCAAGUACUUAACAGUUCCCAGUGAAUAGAAACUUUUGCCUGAACUUGCAUCUUGGCAUCGCACUGUUAGAUAUGUAACUUCAGCCAUUAUUCAGGGAAGGUACAAUUAGCUGUUAUUUGAUUCUGGUAUUUCUGUUUUCCCUUAUACUUUGAAAACAACCAACAGCCACCUGAUGAUAACAGUUAAAAUUGAAUUUAAAUUUUUUUUGGGUGGGAGGGGAAACAUGCACAAAUGAAGACAUGAGAAGUGGGUGCUACAUUAACUUUUAGUUCAUGUCUGUUGAUAUAGCUAUUCACAGUUCUUCUAAAUAAACUUUUCUUUUUGCCAGGAGAGAAAUGUUUUGUGAAGGAGUGUCAGUUAAUAAGCCUUUAUGGGCUGGGUUGGUCAAAUUUGUUUUUUUGUUGCAGGAAGCGUUUCUGAUUUCAGACUUCUGGAUGUAUUUGGCUUUUCAAAUGAGAAAAGAAGAAAAUAAUUCUUGCUCUUUUUACGUAUGUAAUGCUGGCUUCUGUUUUACCAAACUACACAUAAAUUUGACCACAGAGGACAAAACCCCCAUUUUGGACAACUUUUUUAAUUGAAAGAAACUUAAUCCUGGAACCAACUUUUCCUCUGACUGGUCCAAAUAUGAACAGAGGGGCUCUUUAUUAUUGAAGGAAAUAAGGCAUUUCCCCCCUCUGAUUUCUUGGAAAGGCAACAUCUUGGGUUUCCUUUUUUUCUUUUUUGUUUAAGAUGCUGUUUCAAUUUUCUUUUCAUUGAACUACCCUGAAUAUAAUAUAAAAGGGUAUUAUUAAUAAGCUGGACGUUCUAGGAUACAGAUCUGUCUCCUGAAAUGUACAUGGUAAUAUGCACCUUUUGUAUUGUCAAGACUUAUUUAUUGAUAAAUCUGUCACAGUUGUGAUUAAUUAAGCCAGUACUUCAAUUACGGGUUGACUUGGGGUGACAUGUUAUAUGCGGUAGUUAACAUACUUAAAUUUUUCUCUUGAGGUGUUCCUGCCCCGAAUGAUAUUUCCUUUUUUAUUUUAGCCUCCGCCCCCCCCCCAUCCCUUUCCUUAGAGAGCUUUCAUUUUGAUUUAGACCGGCCAUUGAUUUUUUUUUUAUUACUGCUUUUAUAUUGCUGUAUGGUAUUUGGGGGAAACAAAACACACACAAAUCUCUUGGCAUAAAUAUUUGUGUUUCCAGUACCUCAGUUGUUCUGAUGUUACUGCCUGUAUGCGUUUUUGUGAAGUGGUCAUGUUUUUUGGGUAGGUACAUGUGGACUUCGUAGUAUGUAAACGUUACUUGAAUUUUGUGCUUAAUUAUAGUAUGUGGCAUGUGUGUACGGCUACUUGGCAUUUGACAUAUGGAUGCUGUUUUGUCUGCCCUGCAGGAAGAUUUCGAUCCCACUCUCAAGACGAUGGUUCACAGUUCCUUAUCAUGAAACAAAGCUGCAGCUGACUUGCCUUGGUUCUAUUUUGGUAUCUAAGAAUAUAAAGGAGUAAUGUUUUUACACUCUGAAGAUGGUGCUGUGCUGAGGGACUUUUUUUAACCUUUAUUUUAUAAAAUUGUAGGAGGAAAGAUUGGUGAUGUGCAUGGUGGGAUUUUACUGCCUCUGGUGUUUUUUGUCUUGUAUUUGGUUUAAUGUUUUUGUCCUAAUCUCUUCAAUAAACAAAGUUGUGCAUAUUUAACUAAA